GCUUUCUCUCCCUAAACCCUCUUUCGGAAAGGAAAGGCUUUCUCAGCAACCGAACAAGAAAACGAUGAGUUAUUACAACCAGCAACAGCCUCCCGUCGGCGUCCCGCCUCCUCAAGGUUAUCCACCGGAAGGGUAUCCCAAGGACGCAUAUCCGCCACCGGGAUAUCCUCCUCAAGGAUAUCCUCCGCCGGGAUAUCCACCACAACAGGGAUAUCCUCCGCCGUAUGCGCCUCAGUACGCCCCGUCACAGCCUCCUCCACAACAGCAAAGCAGUAGCGCUACAACUGGCAUGUUGGAAGGAUGUUUGGCUGCUCUGUGCUGUUGCUGCCUCUUGGAUGCCUGCUUUUGAUGGAGUGAACCUUUUAUAGAGCUAUUCAAUUGGAGUUCAAUCAGAUGGCAAAUUCAAACCUUAAAAUCCCAACUCAAAUUAUGAAUGAUCUGCACAGUGUUUAACUUUUCUAUUCUUUUCUGUUCAUUUUCAUUAUAAUUGAACUUUUACUUGGAACUUAGAAAUCAUUGUGUUAUAUAUAUUCUAUUUCUGUACCUUUAUUAAUGGAAACCAAAUGCAGAGUCAUUCUCUUUUGAAAUUUCUGGGGGUGAUUCUGUUUGUCAGUGAGCAUGGUGCACUGGCUUUUUUUUUUUU